UGUAAAAGUACCGCAUCAUUUCUCGUCUUCACUUUUUUGCCUCUUUCGACUCUUCACGACCAUUCCUACUCGUCAUUUGAUCUCCGUCAUUGAAUUAAACAAUCGCGACCAGAAGCAAUGGGCUGGUUUUGGGCAGACUCUCCAAGGUCAAAUCCUGCAGUCGUUGCACCAUCGAGUGCAUCAUCACCUCCGCCGUCAUGUCCUAUGCAUAAACCUUCAGAAUCAAACGCCGCUCCAUUCCCCCCUAGACAAGAUGCUCCUCGAUCAAUACCCUCCUCUUGCCCCGUCAGCCGGGAUCCGAAUCAUCCACUUCUACACUCGCUACAACCUCAGUCCUCCUCACCAUCCACGACCGAAGCCCAGCAUACAACCUCCUCGACCUCUUCAACACUAUCCAAGCUCAACCCUCUAAACUAUAUGCCGUCACUCAGUAACGCCCGGCCGACGGAUUCACCCCAGUCCGUCUCCCUCCCGCUCGACCGGGAAACCUCGACCAUCCCACGUGCCGAUAACGACGAAAAUUGGGAAUACCCGUCGCCCCAGCAAAUGUACAACGCCAUGCUCCGCAAAGGCUACACGGACACUCCCGCCGAACACGUCGAGUCCAUGGUCGCCGUGCACAACUUCCUGAACGAAGGCGCCUGGCGUGAAAUCGAAGAGUGGGAGCGAAUCUUCGCCCCGGGGCUCAGCCACGGAUGGGAAAUCUGUUCGAAAGGUGAAAAGGGUAUCGCAUUCGAAAGAGCGAAACAGGAAUUCCUCGCCGCCCGCAGAGAAGCGUUGGGGCUUCCAGCGAACCAGGAAGAAGAACAGCGCAAGCCCAAACUCGUCCGCUUCCAAGGUCGGCCGAAGGAGCCUUCUCCCAAGGCCCGCAUGCUCGGCAUGAUGGGGAUGAUCAUGCCGGAGAAGUUUGGCGGAGAACCACCAUUCGACCGCCACGACUGGUACGUCGCGAGAAAGAACCCGGACGGGACGGUCACCGAGGUGCGGUACGUCAUCGACUACUACAGCGGAGGUGUACAGGCGACAGGGGAGCCCGUGUUCUAUCUUGACAUCAGACCUGCACUCGACACGCCGACUGCGGCAGUGGAGAGAGCCAUGCGGUGGGGUGGCGACAUAUGGCACCGAGCCAGCGGCGCUUCGGCCAGAGAAGCUGCGAAAAGGGAUGCGGAAAACAACAACAGAGGUUGAGAGAGCGCGUCCGUCUUGUUGAUUAUGCGAGUUUUAUAAUGAUGUCCGACGAAAUUUGGGUAGCGUCCGGGGGUUGGAAAAUGCCGGUGUGAAGACCCUUUUAUCUUUCGCAAGCGUUGAUUCCGGCAAGGUGCUUGAUGGAAAAGCAUGUGGAUCGAAAAGAGAAAGACUGGCGAAAGUUCCUGACAAGAUGUUCCUGGAUUGGUACUGGUAUGCCGGAGCCGACCGACUUUUGUCCUUCUCAAAAAUGUCGAUGUUGAUGUUGAUGACCAAACGAGGUUUCGAAUUAUUUUCGAGUCUUUGGUAAUAUUGGCGAGAAAGUCCUCUGGACUAUUGCAGUGACGAUUCCGGGUGUUUCUCAGUGGCUCGAUGAGCCUUGGUCUGUUUGGAGGCAUGCCGACACGUUAUCUCUUCUCUUUAUUUCUUUUUUGUGGGAUACGAGACGAGUUGGAAAUAUCACCUAGUAAUCAUGUGUCUUUAUAAAUUCAAGUUGAUUAUUUGACGUACGGUAUGUGAUGCGUACAAAUGUUUGUUUAUAUUUAUAUCUCUUGGUAUCGACAAUGGUUGCAAGGAUCUAGGGGACCAGAUUUUGUCAUUCUCAGAUCUUGUCAAUCGGGCAGGUCGCAUUCGUAGGUUCUAUUGAGAACGUGUCUUUUUCUUCACUUGG